CUUCAGACUUUCUUUUGGCCACGCAGGAGCGAAUCAGCCUAUAGUGAGGAAAGAAAAAAAAACAAAAGAAAAGGAAAAGUCCCACAGAUUUCCAAGAGGCACAAAUCGGCAUUUAUUGUGUAGUUGGUUUUGUCUUUGCUUCUUUCUCCGGUUUCUUUCACCGUUUACUUUCUCGCAAAGCAUCCAUCUUUACUCUCCGCCCUUUCUCUAGUACUGUAUAUAGACAAAAUCCGAUCUUUCUUGCAUCGAUCAAGCAUGGAAUUCGUUAGUGAAUCUCCUCUUCUUCCUUCUCCGCCCAGUGAUGGAGCUGUCGGUGGUGGAAGGAGUGAAGGGGAAAGCUUCGUGGUUUCAGAGUUUAUCGAGCGGCUCGUCGUCGCCAUUAUCACCUGCGUUUUCGCUAUAGUGGGAACCCCCAUCGGCGCUGUUACUGGAGCAGUGAUCGGCAUUGCGACAGAGACAGGAUUAUUCAGAGGAGCUGGAAUUGGAGCCAUUUCUGGGGCUGUCUUCUCUGUUGAGGCCGUUGAAUCCUCUGUAGCCCUCUGGCAUUCCAGUGAUUCAGGGAUUUGGAGUAUCCUCUAUGUGUUUGACAUAAUAUGCAGCCUUUUGAGUGGUAGAAUUGUGCGGGAGAAGGUUGGUCCUGCAGUGCUGAGCGCAGUACAGAGCCAGGUUCCAGUUGAACUGAACUUAACUGAACUGUACAAGUUAUAUGAAACACUUAUUUCAAUCCUUAUGAACAUUUUGAGUAUUAAUUUCAUGCAGAUGAGUGCUUUAGAGUCUGUUUAUGCUGAGGCUCCCGAUAUCUUCGAAACCGGAGGCACUCGCGGCAUGUCGAAGGAUUCCGUUGAAUCUCUUCCAAAGCUUAAAAUGUCUUCAGAUAACAUAAUGGAUUGCUCAGGAGAGAGGAUUUGCUGUUCUGUGUGCUUGCAGGACAUUCAAGUAGGUGAAACAGCAAGGAGUUUACCAUAUUGUCAACAUGUGUUCCACUUACCUUGCAUUGAUAGCUGGCUAUUCAGGCAUGGUUCUUGCCCUCUAUGCAGGAGAGAUAUGUAGAUUCUUCUGAUUUUUCUUCUUUUUUGGUGUUAAAAACUUCACCUUUUCUUCUUCUUCUUCUUCUUCUUCUUCUUCUUGUACAUCUAGAUCUUUGUCAGUUGUAUUAUCCUUUGAAGAAUCCAUGGAUGUUUCUGGGAGCAGUUUUAGGUGAUUUUGAGAGACUGUUUUCAUGGAGAUCUUUGUAUAAGUCUUUAGCUACUUCAUAAACCUUCUUCCUUUAACAUGAAAAUAUAUGAUGUUAAUAUGUUUAAAACAUUGAUGCAAUUAGUCUGAACUUACUGUUGGCAUGUUAAAUUUG